UCAACAGCCUCAGAAAUGCUCAGCCUGAAUGACUUGAAUGACCAAGAGAAAAUGAUAGAAAAUGUAACUGACAAUCAAAAAUUCACAGAGGACGUAGAUGUGAAAAGUGUCAGUGUGGAUAACGACCUGGAGGUUUUGUCAUCUUCUCCCACUGACUGUCCCGGGAGUUUGAACGGUGCCUGCCUGGAUGCGGGGGGCGGUGGGGAAGUGGACAUUUCUAGGGGUUUCCAGAACCUGCACUUGGAUGCUGCUCUUCACCCUGACGACAUACAUCUGGAGAUUCUGAAUGGCAGCCCUGCUCCCGGGACCACGCUGUACGAGUGUGUGGGCCAAGAUCCAGAAACUGCCUUCUGUACCCUUGCGAACAGGGACGCGUCCAGUGCUGAUGAGUGCUCCAUCCAGCACUGCUUAUACCAGUUCACCCAGAACGAGAAGCUCCGAGAUGCCAACAAGCUGCUGUGUGAAGUGUGCACCCGGAGACAGUGUGGUGCACCAAAGGCAAACCUAGAAGGUGAAAAGAAACAUGUUUACACCAGUGCCAAAAAGCAGAUAUUGAUUUCUCUCGCUCCUGUUCUCACCCUUCAUUUGAAGCGAUUUCAGCAGGCUGGUUUUAACCUAUGCAAAGUUAACAAACACGUAAAAUUUCCGGAGAUCUUAGAUUUGGCUCCUUUUUGUACUGCUAAAUGUAAGAAUGUGGCUGAAGAAAGCACCAGGAUACUGCCUGUAUGGAGUCGUGGAGCACAGCGGUACCAUGAGGUCCGGGCACUACACUGCCUACGCCAAGGCGAGAAUGGCAAACAGUCGUCUGUCUGACCUUGUUCUCCGCGGGGAUGUCCCCCAAGGUGAGCCCAUUCAGUUCUGGUAACUUGGCAUACACGUGGCAAACCCAAAAGUGAGUAACGGGAACCGUUCCAUUUACACUUAAUUUUCCGU